CUGAGCAAGGGAUUUGAUAAAUUACGUGUACGUCCAAAAGAAUAUGACGGAAAAUGUCUAUCUUCAAAGACAAAUCGUCAUAUUUGGAUGUUUAUAUAUCGGCUACUUUCUUUACAUUUGUACACGAAAAUCAUUUAGCUUUACCACAGCCGUCAUAUCAGAAGAGGAAGGACUGGCGAAGAGUGACUUAGGACUGAUUGCCAGCAGUCAAGCAAUUGCAUACACCUUAGGGAAGUUCCUGAGUGGCUUACUGGUGGACAGGGUCAGCCCUAAACUGCUGUUUUCUCUGGGACUUCUACUCUGUGGUUUAUCCACGCUAACAUUUACAGUUUGUCACAGUGUCUGGUUUUUUGGUUUACUCUGGUUUAUCAAUGGCCUAAGCAAUGGCCCUGGUUGGCCUGCCUGUGCUAAAUUCAUGAAGAGAUGGUAUCCUGCUGGUCAGCUGGGAACACUAUGGAGUGGCCUGUCCACCUCUAUGAACGUAGCUGGUAGUGUGGGGCCUUUGCUGGGCAUGUACCUUGCCAGGCAGUAUGGCUGGAGAACAGGCAUGCAAGUACCAGGCAUAAUGGCCAUGCUGUUCGCAGUUGUUUCCCAACUACUCCUUUGUGACAAACCAACAGAUGUGGGACUACCUGAGCAAAUCAAAGAUGAUAGAGAAAAGAAAAGAGGCAAUAAUAGGACAUCUGGAAAAGUGACGCUUUUGGACGUAGUAACGCCUUUUUUUCUCAAGCUCUGUGUAGGAUACCUGUUAACAUCAUGUAUUCGCUCGGCCUCACUGGAUUGGGGUCAGCUAUACUUAAUACAAGACCGGGGUCAUAGUCAUAUAGUAGGUAGUAGUUUUACCAGUAGUCAGGAAAUAGGGGGUGUGGUGGGAUCUCUAAUUGCUGGUUAUGCGUCAGAUAAGAUUGUCAAGUUUCAGUCUCUUCAGCAAACAGGAAGUGGAAGGAUUAUUGUGGUUUUGAUCAACUCAGUCAUUAUCACUAUUUCUCUUGUUAUUUUGGUUACUGUGGUAACUGAAACAACUAGUCAGCUGGUGAUCAGCGGGGUGGGUUUCUGCCUGGGCUUCAGUCUCUAUGGCUCCAUAGCCCUAUAUGGGGUGAUGGCCGUGGAGUCUGCACCUCUACACGUCUCUGGAUCAGCUUACUCCAUUGUAGCAGCAUCAGCUAAUGUUGGUAUGAUAUUAGCGGGCCUGCCACUAAGUUGGGUGGCUAGCCUAUAUCAGUGGGAGGGAGCAUUUGCACUACUACUCCUGGGGGCUGCUCUACAGGUGUUACUUUGUCUUACCUGUGUUUAUCAACCCAGUGGAGACACGGAUAAGAAGAUCCAGUGAGAGGCUGAAGAACAACUUUUCAAUUCACAUUCCAGUGUUUAUCUGACACUUUGUUUUGUUAUCUGUCUAGUGCUAAAUUCACAUCUUGAUAAUGUCAAGGUUUGUACAACAUGUCUGUUUCAGUACAAUGUUUGAUAGUGCAUUAAGUGGUGAUAUCAAAGUUUGUACAUUAAGUGGUGAUAUCAAAGUUUGUACAUUAAGUGGUGAUAUCAAAGUUUGUACAUGAAGGGGCGAUAUUGAAGUUUGUAUAUUAAGAGAUGAUAUCAAAGUUUAUACAUCAAGCGGGGAUUUCAAAGUUUGUACAUUAUGGGAUGAUAUCAGAGUUUGUACAUUAAGUUGUGAUAUCGAAGUUUGAUGUAUAAAUAAUAAUGAAUUCUCACCUCUGAUGCCAUCAAGGCAUAUUCUGAAUCUAUGAUGUGUUUAAAGCAUGGUAAUGAUGUUAUUGAAAUCAUGGGUAAUCUGCCUUUAAAACUAACGGUUAUUGACAAUUCAUACAUGGCAGUCUGAGUAUUUUAAUCAAAUGCUUGAUCUAUUUGCAUAUUCUGCUGAAGGGAUUAUGUUGUCAUGGUAUUUCUGUACAGAUGUUAUGCUUGCAAUGGAAGCCAUGAUAGAUGGGAUAGGAAUUUAAGGAUUGGUAUAUGUGUUGAGUUGAGGUUGAACUAGAUUCCUAUCAUAUCCUAUGUAAACUGAGGUCAUUUUGAUUAAUUUAUGAUUUCUGUUGUAGCAAGCUCUGAUGUGUUACUUCAUGUGACAUCUUCAUCACCAUAAAAACUACACUGUAUGAAGUAGUAUACAUGGUCACAUGGUCACGGUAUUAUAGGAGAGGUGUGAAGCCAUUCAUUAUGUGCACUGAUUUAAUGUGCCUUAUUAUGUACAGUUUCAGGUAACAGUGGAAUCUGAUGCAAGACCUUAUUGUAAUGUUUAGGUAGCUUUGGGGUGGGGAUGUUUGAGGGAAAAUAUGAGGGUGGAGUGGUGAGUGAUUUGAACAUGACCUAAAGUCAUUUAUCCAUUUUUACUUUUUGAUAUUUCUUAGUUAAAGCCGGUGUAUAUUUGAUGUAUAUUUUACGAUAUGGAUGUAUUAAA